AUGUGCGCAUGUGCGCAAACGUUGGUUCCCAAGCCUUCUCCAAAGGGUUUGCGCGAGCCUUUUUUUUUGGUAUUGUUGCAUUUUUCUGUAAUUAGCGCAGCUCGUGAGACGCUUGUCUGCGUUCACCAUGAGCACGUGCGGAGCUCUACGGGCGCUCAGCCUCACAGCCGCACACUGCCGCAGAUCCGCCGCGGUACAGGGGCUGGUGGUGAGGAGCCUGAAAUCACAAGCAGGGGGCCUGAACCUGCAACCUGACGCAAAUGUGCACGAGAAGUUCAAGAGCAUGGAGGAGCUGCCCGGUCCCAGUCUCUCCACCACCGUGUACUGGCUCUUCGGGAAAGGAUACGCAGAUAAAAGUCACGCGUUACAGGUGGAGCACAAGCGCCUGUACGGGCCCAUCUGGCGCUCAGUGUUUGGGCCAUUUGACAUUGUGAACGUGGCGUCAGCCGAGCUCAUCUCACAGGUGAUCCGUCAGGAGGGACGGUACCCAGUGCGCACUGACCUUCCUCACUGGAAAGAGUACCGGGAGAUGAGGGGUCAGGCUAACGGGCUCCAUGUUGGGACAGGUGAGGAGUGGCACAGAAUGCGCAAAGCUCUGAAUCCAAAAAUGCUAAAGUUGAAGGAAGCGUUCGCAUACGCUCCAAUCAUUCACGACGUGGUGUCGGAUCUGCUGCUGAGAGUGGAGCAAUUGCGUUUGCGCAGCCCGGACAAGAGCACCGUGUUCGACCUCGCCUCAGAACUGUAUAAGUUCGGCUUUGAAGGGAUUUCCUCCAUCCUGUUCGAAACACGCUUGGGUUGCCUGCAGGAGGAAAUUCCGACAGAAACCCUCCGCUUCAUCAAGGCAGCUAAUGACAUGCUAACUUUGUCCGAGACUGUUCUGUUUUUCCCUCAGUGGACUCGGAAUAUAUUCCCUUUCUGGAAAAGGUUCAUCCAGGCCUGGGAUGAUCUCUACGAUGUAGCACAGAAUUUGAUUGACAGGAAGGUGAAGCAGAUGGACCAGAAGGUGCAGCGUGGAGAGGAGCUGGAAGGCAUGUACCUUACUUACCUGUUAUCAAGUAACAAACUCUCCCUGGCAGAGGUUUAUAUUACCAUCACUGAGCUGCUGCUUGGAGGAGUCGACACGACAUCUAACACCAUGUCCUGGACUUUGUAUCACCUGGCCCGUGAUCCAGAGGUGCAGAAUCGUCUCUAUCAGGAGGUGGUGUCUGUGUGUCCUGACAGGAAGCAUCUGAGCACUGAGGACUUGAGCAGAAUGCCGUACCUUAAAGCUGUUAUCAAGGAGACACUCAGAUUGUAUCCUGUUGUGUCUGGUAAUGGACGCCUCACUGCGGAAAAUGAGGUUGUUGUAGGUGGUUACUGGUUCCCAAAGCAGACACAGUUUCAUCUGUGUCACUAUGCUGCGAGUCACGAUGAGACAGAAUUUCCAGAUGCAGAAGCUUUUAUUCCAGAGCGCUGGCUGAGGGGAGGCCCAUUGCAUUCCCAACACCACCCUUACAGCUCCAUCCCAUUUGGAGUCGGGGUCAGGGCUUGUUUGGGGAAACGAGUGGCUGAACUGGAGAUGUACUUUGCUAUUUCUAGGCUGUUGCAGCACUAUGAGGUGCGUCUUGAUGGAGCUCCUACAGUCCACCCCAAAACUAGGACUCUCCUCAUUCCUUCCAAACCCAUAAACCUGCACUUUGUCCCCAGAACCUGAAGGUGGCGCUGUUCAACAAGAAAAAUAGGGGAAUAAGAAAUAGAAGUACACAAGUGCUUUUAGAUUUGUAAAUUGUAUAAGUGCAAUAGGAAACUGCAGUGGCCCAGAACAGAAUCAUUCUGUUUAAUUGUUAAAUUCUCUGUCAAAUCGAUCUAUACAAAUUUCAGUAAUAUAUUAAAUAUAUUAAAAUGUGUUUAAAUUUCUAUAAAUUUGAUACGAUUUUAAGGGCCACAUUUGUAUAUCGAGUCUCUAAAACAGAGAGAUUGUUUUUAUUCCUGCUAAUUUUCUUGCUCGCAGCAUUUAUGUAUUAUUGCUUAAAGCGCACUACUUAUCAUCUUUAUCCUUAUCUUUACUCUUUUCAAGGUCAAGAACUAUAGACACUGCUCUGAAAUUGAAACACUUUCUGGUUUUAGGCAAAUCUAAUAACUAUUUUAUAUUAAAGCACCCAUUGUAAUACAUCAUUGUUUUUAUAGCAACAACUACACUGGUGCUUGUAAAAUGUGUGUAUAUAUAUAUAUAUAUAUAUAUAUAUAUAUAUAUAUAUAUAUAUAUAUAUAUAUAUAUAUAUAUAUAUAUAUAGUCUUGAUUAUUUUCUAUUGACAGCAUAAGUAUCCAAGUUUGAUAUGUGUUAUGGUUUAAAAAACAGUUAAAAUUAUAAUUAUUCAUUGCAAUAACCUGUAUGUAAGAGAAAAUAAUAAAAUA